GGCGGAGUUUGCCGGUCCGGCUGGUGCCGCCCCUCCCUGUGUUUUCUUCGUUGUUCAUUUUUGGCGGGGGGAGCGGUGGCGGGGGAGGGAAGCGCUCUGCUCUCCGCAGCUUGCCGCGGUGCGGAUGGACUGGUCUUCGUGAACACAGCUCCCGACGUUUCCCAAGCAAACCCAGACCCAAACAAACCACCCACUUGGAUAACUAAACCGGUUUUUGGCAGUAUCCGGUAUUGCUAAGGGAUAUUUAAUUCCUACUUCCAGUCCAGUCCUUAGACUUCCUGGCACAGAGGCAGCUUUUCCAAGACUAUUCCAAACACAGGAGAUGGUAACUGCUACUGAUAAAGAACUGCUACUGAUAAAGAUCACCUUUAAAAAAAGAACAUGGAUUUAAUAAACUCAACUGAACAAAAUGGUACAUCAGAAGAAUUAUUUAAAUGGGCAACAUCCAAGAUUCUCAUUUCCAUUACCCUAUCUAUGCUUGCACUAAUGACAACGGCCAUCAAUUCUCUUGUGAUGACUGCAAUAAUUGUAACAAGAAAGCUCCACCACCCUGCCAACUAUCUAAUCUGCUCACUUGCAGUGACUGAUUUCCUUGUGGCAGUCCUAGUAAUGCCCUUCAGUAUUGUCUACAUUGUAAAGGAGACCUGGAUCAUGGGGCAAGUGGUGUGUGACAUCUGGCUGAGCGUGGACAUUACGUGCUGCACAUGUUCCAUCUUGCAUCUCUCCGCCAUUGCUUUGGACCGGUACAGAGCGAUCACAGAUGCUGUGGAAUAUGCACGAAAAAGGACACCUAAGCACGCUGGCAUCAUGAUCACAGUGGUAUGGAUCAUAUCCAUUUUUAUCUCCAUGCCACCUUUGUUUUGGCGGCACCAGACAACCAGCAGGGAUGAUGAAUGCAUCAUCAAACACGACCACAUUGUUUCCACCAUUUACUCUACAUUUGGCGCCUUCUAUAUCCCACUGGCCUUGAUUCUGAUCCUUUAUUACAAGAUAUACAAGGCAGCAAAGACAUUUCACAGAAGAAGCGUCAGCCGGAUUGUAAGGGAGGAGGUAAAUGGACAAGUGCUCUUGGACGCAGGUGAAAGAAGCACCAAGUCAGUUUCAAUGCCCAGCACAGCAGAGAAGACAUCAGAUCCCGUGGUGAACUGUGAUAAAAUCAGUAUCACCAUACGAAGCCCCAGGUCUGAAUCUAAGCAUGAGAAGUCCUGGAAAAAACAGAGAAUCUCUAGCACAAGAGAGCGAAAGGCAGCAACUACGCUGGGUCUGAUCUUAGGGGCAUUUGUGAUCUGCUGGCUCCCUUUCUUUGUAAAAGAAGUAGUUGUUAAUACCUGUGAAAGAUGUCACAUCUCGGAAGACAUGUCUAAUUUCCUAGCAUGGCUGGGAUACAUAAAUUCCCUUAUUAACCCUCUAAUCUACACAAUCUUUAAUGAAGAUUUCAAGAAAGCCUUCCAGAAGCUUGUGCGAUGUAGGCAAUAUCUUUAAGAGCUUUUGUUCAUAUAAGGAGAACAUACUCACUGGGUUUUUAACCUGUAUAAAUUUAUAUAACUGAGAUGACAUUUGUUGUAUUUAAGAAAAAACACUGAGACUCUUCAUUUACAUGAUGACUUUUUUGUAUCAGUAGCACUGGGAGCAUAAAUUGCCCAAGUUUUAAAGAGAUGGAUCAUCUGCAGUCAGUUUUGCUCUGGAAAAAGAGGUAGCAUAUUGUGGCUCUAAUCCAGUUGGGAUUUGCACAGCUGCCUAGCUUGAAGCCUAAGGUACUACCUUAAAUAUGAAGGAAAUAUACACUUGAAGUAGACCCUAAUCACAAAUAAGACAGAAGAUACACCCUGGAAUUAAGACAUGAUUUUAUUAGUUUGGCACAGGCCUGCAGCACAGAGCCAACCCUUUCCCAGGGAAGAGUAGUAACUUAAACAUAUCUAGCAUCAUCCUGUGUUGAUUAGCUGAGUGCAGCUGCAGCUCUGCUUUCUCCCGCAGAUGAAGGACUUGCCUGUGUUUUGCCCUCAGAGAACUCCAGCAGCAGGUGAGGUGCUUUCAUGGGUUAUUAGUUUCAUAGCCAGCCAGUGUUACAAGCCCUCUGCCACUGUGCAUCCACAAGAGAUGUGGGCACAGCACCAAGGGAAACAGCCAGACAGCUGGGGCACCUCCAGUGAGCUGGGUACACGUAGUGCCCGGUGCUCUGAGAAACCAGUGCAGUAGCAUGUAGGGAGGGUAAGCUCAUAAAGAGCACCUGGUCCUCCUAAUGGAGAUGUGAGAAAGGAGAAAUGCAUGAGACUCCUUUCUUCAUGUCCUCACCCCUACCUCACACACCUUAUGAGGCACGGCUCAUAUGACUUUCAGCACCAAACCCAGCCACACAGUUUGUGCAGGAGCCCCUAGAGCAUUGCUGUCACUGGGUGGCUUAGUGAGGUUUGGUUGAGUGCCACCUAAUGAAGAACUUUGGCUAACAGCUCCAGCUCAGCAUGUUCAGCCCUCCAUUGGCUCAGAAGACUGGUGUCCCCCAAUUCUUUACUCAGCUGCCUCAAGCAGUAGGGCUGUGCACCCUCUUUCCAAGCCUGUGAGAAAGCAGAUACCGACCAUGGUACUGGCAGCAUGGGUCCCUGGAAAAGGUUGUGCAGCAGCUUCUGCAGUAAGGGCAGAGGAAGUGACUUCAGUACACAGUGCCCACCUAGGCAGGGGAUCCUGUGGGGUGCUCACUGGCUGGCACUUCCUUCCCCCAAAGCAUUUAGUCCAUGUCCCCAGUCCCAGCAGAGCUAAAAGGACCUUGCAGGCACUCCAGCCAGCCCUGACCAGCCUGGUUCAGUCAAAGGUAACCACAAUGAACAAAUCUCUUUGUGGGCUCCUUCUAAGGCCUCAAAAAUGGCACUGUGGCCAGCUUUGAUUUACAUGCCAGCCUUCGAUUUACAUGCCCACAGCGCUUUUGAGUGCAAGAACAGCCCUCACCUCAAAACCAGCAAAGCAAGUUUACCACCAGCUAAGGGUACUAACAGGGAAGUAGGCAUUUACCCCUAAGUGCAGGCAAGCUGCUAAAAGCCACACCAGAACCCAAGGAUGGAUUUUGCACUUUUCAGGACAAACAGAUCUAGGCUGUGCCAGCAAGACUCUGGCUCUGAGUUUAUUGCCAGCCAUUCAGUGCUUUCUAGCAGAAAUAGGGACUUGAAGCUCCUUACAGGAACUACAAACCCUACUGUCAGGAGCAGCAGUCUCCUGCAAAAGCACCGAUUUGGCACCUGAGCCAGCAGCUUAAGGACAUCUCAAAGAAGCUGAGACAGAAGACCACUAUGCACACGUUAGAUUUGGAAAGGUAUCACUCACUGGUCUUUGCAGUUCUUCUUCCAAGAGACUUUCAGUAGUUUGCAUUAGACAAGAAAACCCAGAAAGAAAUCAUCACUGUCAUUGUUCUCUUCCCCUUCCCCCUUCCCUGUAUUACAAACUCUGCAGUUAAAUAAUCUUCAUAUUUUGCCCACUAGCUACCAGCUGACACAACAGCUGUCAGAGGUGUUUCUUGCAAGAUGACAAGGUUUGAAACCUGAAAUAUUGAGCUAAUUUGUUUCUGUCACUUGCAACUUACUGUAUUCUGCUUUCAUAUCAAGGUCUAAAUGAGAUGCUAUUCACAAGUAGUAGAAACAGUGCAUUUGCUUUAUUGUUGAUUUUAACCCAGCCAGGAAUCUAAUGGAAAGCUCGUCAUGCCAUGUAGCUCCAGCACAGCAGUAGCACAGCUAAAUUUUGAAGAUAUUAGGAUGCGACAGGAUGGAAUUUGGUGGAUGGUCAGUGCAAGCUAGCCCACUUUCCUACCACUGCAGUCAGAGCACAGCCUCUGCAGCCCCCGUGACCUUGGCAAUGGCUGCAUUAUGAUGAAAGAAAAAACUGCUUUAAACAUCAGCUGUGUUCUGCUGUCUCCCAGAAAAGCCAUGGAAUUCAGCUUUCUAAAAGGAUUAGCAGAGUAGCAGAAAGCAGCAAAGAAAACCCCACUGAAACAUCUAAGAUUGAAGACCUGUUUCUCACGUUUCCUGGGUACUCAGUCAUAGCACUGGAUAUCUAGGGCAGGAUAUCUAUCUUUGUCUCCCCUGCUUCUCUGUUUAUGAUUGCAGAAGGGUAGAGUAUAUUGUUUAUCCUCUUACAUGUACGAAGUCUGACAAUGUCAUGUAAAAUCAAAUCAGAAGUAAAAACAGGGGUUGCUUUUGAGGAGAAAUGAUACUUAAAAUACUCCUAUUUAAAUAAUAAUGGAUAAAGGUCCAAGAAUGGAACAAUAUGUAGAUAAACAGAAAAUAGCUGUCAUUUAUGCACUGUUAAUGGUAUUAUACUCUGAAUCUAAUUGAGCUGCUAAACAUUUCUCAAGAUGCAGGGUGGUUUCUUUUAUAUCAUUUGCGCUGAGCUGUAUCUGCUCACCCUCCAACACCCCAGUGGUGGAAGAUGCAACCACAAGAAAUCUAAGCAAAUGAGCAGGUAGUUAUCCCAUUAAAAGUACUUGCGGCUUGUGGACCAUCAUUUUUUUGUGUCUGACUGCAACUCAUCACUCGUUCUCUAGCAGACUCCACUGUGCCAAACAACACAACCCCACACAAGAUCAUUUAAUCUCUAGUAUUUAGCCAUGUAUGCGAUGUGUUAAGAGAAAAAGUGAGCUCCUCUUUCAAAACGCAUAAAGGUUAAGAUUUCCUUGGGAUUUUGCUUUGCCCUCUCCGUUAAGCACACAGGUAUCCACUGGAGCUUAGCACUGGAUUCAAGGAGCAAGAGAAAGCAAGAUUUUAUGCACUGGAACUAAGAUUUUUUGCAAGUAGCUCUGUGUCGUAACUCAGCAAAUAGAAAGAAACCAAACUAUGGCCCUUUUCCUAUCUCUCUCAGAAGACUGUGUGCAUGCGUUGCAGGGAAGGGGCUUACAGUUGCUCUGGGGUUUGCACAAAGCUUCCUAGAUCUCUAUCCCUGCUCCUGCUUCAGCUGCUCUCCCUGUUGCUGGUUGCUGCCCACCCAUCCGCCCAUCAGUUUAGAUUCCUUCUAAAACCCAGAGAGCUGGCUUUGGAGCAGCUGACCUGCUCCCGCUUCAGCUUUCACAGAGAAUAAUUCCUGAAGCAGCUGUGAACAUUAUAUCCAGUUCAGGUGGAUGGAUUUUGCUAACAGCAAGCAGUUAAAUACACCUCAUUAUCCUGUACUCAUUUCUUUACCUUUCCUUCCCACCAGAUGCUUUAUCAGUUUCCUUUCCUCUUAAGGAUGGUAUAUCCCUACAAAGGUCUUGGGGAAACAAAUAUACUUUUGUUUUAGUGAGGCAGUCACACUUGUUAACGCAUGACUGCACCACCCAGAAACACCCACCUCAUCCAAAUGUGGAUUUGGCAGUCACUGUCUUCAGCUGGUGCCUAAUUGUUCUUGGUGCUAGGGAGGUAUACAGAAAUAACUAUGUGCCAAAUUAUUUUCUCCAGCAGUUACAAACUCAGCACAUUAUUUCUAGGCUAGUACACAUUACCAUUUGGCCUUUACAUUUCAGAUUCCCUUGCACAAAAGAAACAGGCUUUUCUGAACUCUACAGACCAAAGAGUAAACGCUGCAAGAAAAGUGACAGGAAACUCUUGUAGCAGCCCUGUAAGGAUUAAGGAUAAACCAAACACCAUGUCUCAU